GUGACUCCAAUGAGGACAGUGUGUAAACACCCCCACUUUAGAGACACAUUCUAGAGCAACAAGAAAGCUGCCUUUGUUCCAGUUGGACUUCCUGGGGGCCUUUCCUUUUCUAUAAUUUGAUAGUCUUCCUCACCAACUGCCACCAGGUUCAUUUGUUCCCUUUUCUCCACUGGGUAUCCUUCAUUAGGCUGUCCAGCCCUGUCCUAUCCUCUCAUCCCUCCUUUGCAUUUCCUGGGCUUGUGUAAUGUGUUCAACCCCUCCCCUGGCCUGCCCCUUCCCACUGAACUUUGUUCCCCACUGUUUUCUUCUGUUUCUUUUGAAACAGGACUCUUCCCCAAACCCCUAAAUCCCCAAACCCUCAGGCAACACCUGUUCCUUACAUUGUGCCUUCUGACGUCCAAGGAGGGGAAUGGGGCCCUUUCUGUCCCUCGAUUGCCAGUCCUGGGACCAGGGGCCAGUGCCUCCAACACCUGGCACUAACGGUACAGGGUGCAGUGUGCAGUACUGGUUUGAUUUCUCCCACACCCCUCCAAUAUAAAAGGAAGCAGCUGUGUUCUAGGAUGAGAAGAACUGAAAGUCUCUCCACUACAGCUGUUCCCUCAAAUUUAGAGUUGAAAAGGAUUCCCCUUUCUCCCAACCCUACCCAGCCUAAGUCCAGGCUCUUCAGUCAACCAAUGGGCAUUGCUAAGAGAUCUCUGGCUAUAGUGGAACGGGACUGUAAACUUGGGAAGAAGUGCCUGGAUUCCAGCCUCUCUUUCCCUUCAGAGGAGGAGUCAUGGCAGCCUUGGUCUUGAGAAGUGGGAGAAGAGAACCUGACCCUUAGAGACUGUUCCUCCUCUGGCCCCAGGGCCCUGACCUCUCUCCCCUUACAUCCCAGGUCAGAUGGGAAUUGCAGUGAACCUCCUAAACUGGUCAAAACUGGCUAAAUCUCCCUUGGGGGUGGAAUUAGUCUUUUCUGGACCUUGAUGCCUAGGACUGACCUUUGGAAUAGAAUUGGGGGUGGAGAAGGGCAGGAACUGAGGCUUUGCGCAGUAAACAGGUCAUAGCCUUGCACCUCAACCUGUUUCUCUUGCCAUAUCUGACACCUUUAGGCAAAAGUUUCAAAGAAAGUCCCUCCACCCCAAUCUAUACCCAGAAUCAAUAUCAUUGAUCUCAUAGGCAGAGGUUUGGCCUUCCUUGGCUGCCCAAUCCUGUGUAACAAUGAUUGACUCUAGCCUGAACCAGAACCUCUCCCCUCAACAAUGUGAUGGGGGGAGGAGGGAUGCCCCUCCCUCCCCUCAGUUGUGACACAUUCUCUCCACACUGACCCAGCCCCUCUCCACAUCCUGGGGUCUUUGGAGGGCCUGGGAACACUGAAUGGUUGUCUGGGUCUGUUAUAAGACCUGCCACCCUUUCCUACUAAGCAUUUGGGGCCAGCCCUUCCAUUCCCCCUGUCUACACCCCCCUUUUCUGUACCCCAUUCUGACCAGUGGGAAAAAAGUGAUGUGGAAGCCAGGUCUCCCUCUAGAACCAAUGUUCCAAGGAUGAUACUAUGCUGAUUCCAUGCCAGCCCCUCCCCUUCGUAAGCCAAGGCUCACCUCUCCAGAUCCUGUUGCUGGGCCAGCUCACUGUUGCUUUGGAGAAGGGAGAAGCUCGGAGUUGUGUCCUAUGUCAGAAAUAGGAGGGAUUGGGCUGUUUGCUUUUAUAAUAGCCACCUCCAAGUAUGGGGUACACAAGGGGUGGGAGGAAGAGUUAUGGGAUAAAGUAUGGCCUGACCUAACUGCUCAUCAGUGUCACCCCUUUCCUAAUCCCUCAUCUUCCUGCUUUGUGUCUGAUACCUAAGAGGAAAGGGGCACGAAGGAUACAAUUCUCCCCUUGCACACAUACUGGAGCUGGACCCUUGGAGAACUUGUUUGCCUCUCUCCAUCCUGUCCACACAAUGAGUUCGCUCUCACUCUCUGUCUCUGUCUCCCUCCCUCCCUCUUCUGUCUCUCUGUCCUUUUUGGUCUCUAUCCUUGCCUCUCUUCCUCAAAUACCUGGAAUAAGAUUGGAGGGAGAACACCCACUCGUCAUGGCCCUGUGCUGUUAGGGGUUGGGGAGGUGGAGUAGAAGGGCGCCCAUUCACAGGGCUGGGAGGUCAGGAACAGCUGGCUCCUGGCUCUGGGAGAAGAGCAGCCAGGGGUGUGUCCUGGAGCUUACCUGCCAUUGGACAGGUUAGGCAGGCUGGGCAGAGAGAGCCCAGGCAGCCUUAUAAGCGUUUUGGCAGGUGGCGGUGGUGCCAGGUGAAGCCAACAGGAUGGUAGACAGUGUGUACCGGACCCGUUCCCUUGGAGUGGCAGCAGAGGGGCUCCCAGAUCAGUAUGCCGAUGGGGAGGCAGCCCGGGUCUGGCAGCUGUACAUAGGUGACACCCGAAGCCGAACAGCGGAGUACAAGGCCUGGCUACUGGGGCUGCUGCACCAACACGGCUGCCAACAUGUGCUUGACGUGGCUUGUGGCACGGGGGUGGACUCCAUCAUGCUAGUGGAAGAGGGCUUCAAAGUGACCAGUGUGGAUGCCAGUGAUAAGAUGCUCAAAUAUGCCCUGAAAGAACGAUGGAACCGUCGUCAUGAGGAAGCCUUUGACAAGUGGGUCAUUGAGGAAGCCAACUGGCUGACCCUGGACAAGGAUGUUCCCCUGCCAGCAAGGGGUGGCUUUGAUGCUGUUAUCUGCUUAGGUAACAGUUUUGCCCACUUGCCAGACUGCAAAGGGGACCAGAGUGAGCAUAAGCUGGCCCUGAAAAACAUUGCAGGCAUGGUGAGGCCUGGAGGCUUGCUUGUUAUUGACCACCGAAACUAUGAUCACAUCCUCAGCACUGGUUGUGCCCCACCUGGCAAAAACAUAUACUAUAAGAGUGACUUGACUAAGGACAUCACCACAUCGGUGCUGACUGUGAACAACAAGGCUCACAUGGUAACCCUGGACUAUACUGUACAAGUACCCGGUGCUGGGAAGGAUGGCACCCUUGGCUUUAGUAAGUUCCGGCUCUCCUACUACCCUCACUGCCUGAUGCCUUUCACAGAACUUCUGCGAGAAGCUUUCCAGGGGCAGUGCCAGCACAGCGUCCUUGGAGACUUCAAACCAUAUAGGCCUGGCCAGUCCUCAGCCCCCUGCUAUUUUAUCCACGUACUCAAGAAGACUGGCUGAACCACCACCAAAAAACUUCAUAAACCCACCAUAGUCCUUCCAAUAAAUAGAAUUGGCCUCAAA